CCUGCAUGCCUGGCCUCUGCCUGACCUUAUUCGGGCUCGUGUGUCCCAGGAGAACUAUGGCAUCCGCGACAACAGAGGCAGAGAAGGGGUCUCCGGCUGUGGUGGGCCUGCUGGUGGUGGGCAACAUCAUUAUUCUGCUGUCAGGCCUGGCCCUGUUUGCCGAGACAGUGUGGGUGACAGCUGACCAGUACCGCGUGUACCCACUGAUGGGUGUCUCGGGCAAGGAUGACGUCUUCGCCGGCGCCUGGAUCGCCAUCUUCUGCGGCUUCUCCUUCUUCGUGGUGGCCAGCUUUGGGGUGGGCGCAGCACUCUGCCACCGUCGGUCCAUGAUCCUCACGUACCUGGUGCUCAUGCUCAUUGUCUACAUCUUCGAAUGUGCCUCCUGCAUCACGUCCUACACUCACCACGACUAUAUGGUGUCCAACCCAUCCCUGAUUACCAAGCAGAUGCUGACCUUCUACAGUGCAGACACUGACCAGGGCCAGGAACUGACUCUCCUCUGGGACCGCGUCAUGAUUGAGCAAGAGUGCUGUGGCACAUCCGGUCCCAUGGACUGGGUGAACUUCACAUCAGCCUUCCGGGCGGCCACCCCGGAGGUGGUGUUCCCCUGGCCCCCACUGUGCUGUCGGCGGACUGGCAACUUUAUCCCCCUCAAUGAAGAAGGCUGCCGCCUGGGCCACACAGACUACCUGUUCACCAAGGGCUGCUUUGAGCACAUCGGCCAUGCCAUCGACAGCUACACAUGGGGGAUUUCGUGGUUUGGUUUUGCCAUCCUGAUGUGGACGCUCCCUGUGAUGCUCAUAGCCAUGUAUUUCUACACCACAUUGUGAGGAGCAAGAAGGGAAGGUCACGCGCACGUGCAGCCUCCUCCUGUUCCUGUUUCCUCUGGCUGAGGGCUUGAUGGCUGCCCCACCUCCCCGCUUCCCACCUCCCUCAACCUUCCCUCCUUCCUCUCCCUCCAAAGACCUUUUACCAACUUUCUGAGCCCUGCUGAGAUUUGGGGAUGCCCUGAAACCCUUGGACAUGUGUACAGGGACUCUUAGGAUCCUCAGGGACCUCAUUUCACUCUGCUGAUUCCUGGCCCAUCUUUCAGCAUCAAUUUAAAGUCCUGUUCUCAGGGGACCUUUCCCGGAUCCCACUACCCCAUCACCAAUGCCUCUCCUGUAGCUCCUCCUUCGUGGCAGUUGUUGCCAUUUUUGCUAAAUAGUUUGUGAUUGUUUAUACUCUGGUAGAUGGGAUUGCCAUGAGGGGAGGGACAAGCUCUGUCAUGGUUACUUUAUUGUCCUCAAUAUCACCCAGCAGAGGGAGGGGCAUCAAUAUUCAAUAAAUACUGGUUGAAUGAAUUAAUUUGUUUUCCUUGGGGGCAAAGGCGAAUGAACAAGAACUCUUCCAGUGGAAGUGGCAGAAACCCAAUGCGCACUGACUGAAAUAUAACAUGGAAUUUCUUGUCUUGUGUAACUGAAACAACAUUGCUGGCUUCCGGCAUAUCCAGAUCCAGGAGUUCAAUCGAAGUUUCCAGGAAACC